AUGUUCAAUGCUAUUGUAUCGAAAAUAAUCUUAAGUAUCCGAAGAUCACAUCGAGAUUCGACACCUUCGGUCAUGUAUGCAUUCGUCUCCUUUACGUAUCUAUUCGCGAUGCUCUCGAGUAAUUAUGCAUUAGAAUUCGUGAGUUAUCCAAUGCAGGUUUUAGGAAAGUCAGCGAAACCUGUACCAGUCAUGCUUUUCGGUGUCUUAAUAGCCAGAAGACGUUAUCCAUUAAGAAAAUACCUUUAUGUUUUGUUAAUUGUUAUUGGUGUAGUUCUGUUUAUGUAUAAAGAACCGAAAGAAACAGAAAAAGCGGCUGAAGAAGGAGCAAUGAUUGGGAUAGGAGAAUUCCUUUUGUUUGUUUCACUUGCUUUUGACGGAUUAACCGGUGGUUUACAAGAUAGUAUUCGAGCUAAGCAUAAAGUUCAAGCUUAUCAUAUGAUGUUUUCCAUGAAUCUCUGGUCAUGUUUAUGGUCGUUUAUCGGUAUUAUUUCCACUGGUGAAAUUUUUAGUUUUCUCAAUUUUCUCCAAACAUAUCCAAAUAGUAUUUCAAACAUUCUAUUACUCGGUUUGACAGGUGCAAUAGGACAGAAUUUCAUCUUCUUGACGAUUGAAUGGUUUGGUCCACUAACAUGUUCGAUUGUUACAACUACACGAAAAUUUUUUACAAUUCUUUGUUCCGUAUUUAUUUUUGGCAAUCUACUUACAACGCGUCAAAUAAUUGCAACGAUAUUGGUGUUCCUCGGUCUUGUUCUUGAGCAAAUACCUAGUAGAACAUGA